AUGGGUAAAUCACACGGUUACAGAUCAGGUACUCGUUACGCUUUCCAACGUGACUUCAAAAAGCAUGGUACUAUUGCUUUAUCUACUUACUUGAAGACUUACAAAGUUGGUGAUAUUGUUGAUAUCAAAGCCAACGGUGCAGUCCAAAAGGGUAUGCCACACAAAUACUACCACGGUAAAACUGGUAUUGUUUACAAUGUUACUAAAUCAUCUGUUGGUGUUAUCAUUAACAAAGUUGUUGGUAACAGAUACAUCGAAAAAAGAGUUAACUUAAGAAUUGAACAUGUUAAACACUCUGCUUGUCGUCAAGAAUUUUUGAACAGAGUCAAAACCAAUGCUGCUUUGAAAAGAGAAGCCAAAGCUAAAGGUGAACAAGUUUACUUAAAAAGACAACCAGCUAAACCAAGAGAAGCUAGAGUUAUCUCUACCGAAGGUAACGUUCCUCAAACUUUAGCUCCAGUUCCAUACGAAACUUUCAUUUAA